AUGUCCUCAAAUCCGGCCCUCCUUUGGGAAAAAUUAGAUGAUGACUUCUAUCGGAACUUUGAGGGCUAUCCUAUGCAGUGGAAGAGUAAGGAUGUUGGCAACCUCGACUGGUGUGUAGCUGCCAGCGCUCCAGGAGGUGGUGCAAUUGCGUUGACUAGCAAUUGGAAUAUCGUUUCUUCCUAUGCAAAUAAAGUAUCUUCGAUACUAGUUUAUAGUGGAUCAGGGACCCUACUCAAAAAGCUCCCAUGGGACAAUGGCAAUAUAAGGGGUAUCGGGUGGUCACAAGCAGAAGAGCUGAUUGUGGUUUCAAAUAAUGGAACGGCACGAUGUUAUUAUGACUUCGAGGGUAAUUUCAACCACUUUUCACUAGGUCAUCAGGCUGAGAAUGAGGAGGUCGUCGAUUGUAGAUUUUUUGGGUCUGGUUUUGUAGCUAGAUUGGGUAAUAACCAAUUCAUAGCUGUCACUAAUUACCAAGACCCCCACGUAGAAGUGUUUGAAAUUCCUAAUGUGGCUCAAGGGGACGACUUUUCUCAGAGCACUUCUUCAAAUAUUUUCCAGGCAUGGCAAGUAGUCCCGCCGGACAAUAAUAUAGGUAGAUCUUUAUCGGUAGUCGCUGCCAGUUCAAUUGAACCAGUGGUAUACCUUCUCGAUGGUGAUAGCGUUGAGGUUUACAAACUCAAGAAAGAAGAGACUGUCAGAACUGGCGGUCCCGGUAAGAAUUAUGGGCCAAUUAAGAGUGUGGAUGAGAUAUCUCACAUAGCUGUAUCCCCUGAUGGUGAACAGCUUGCCUAUUUUAAUAAUUCGUUGAAGAAAUUGGUAGUCACCACGAUUGAUUUUAGACUACAAGGAGCCGAAUACGACCAUGAUGAUGAUGAGGCUACUCCUCGCCAACUUGAAUGGUGUGGUAACACUGCUGUUGGACUUGUGUGGGAUGAAGACGUAUCUCUAAUAGAUUCGAUCUCAGGACAUUCACUAUAUCUGCCAUUUGGCUCGACGGUGUUUGUCUUCCCAGAAAUUGAUGGAUUUCGUACUUUAUCAGUAGAGCAACACGACUUUUUUACACGAGUUCCAAAGACGGUUGUGGAUAUAUUUCGACUAGGAUCAGUAACUCCUGCUGCUAUAUUGAGGGAUUGUAUAGAACAACUAGAUAGGAAGUCAUCAAAGGCAGAUGAAAAUAUUCUGCUUAUCAAGGACUCUCUCGUUGAAGCAGUAGAUGGUUGUGUAGAGGCUGCCAGUCUGGAAUUCGAAGUAAUAUGGCAGAAAAAACUUCUACGGGCAGCUGCGUUCGGGAAAGCGGCAAUUGACUUAUAUAAUAGUGAUAACUACUUGAGGGUUAGUGAGCACUUGCGAGUGUUAAACAAUGUUCGGCAGUUUGAUGUUGGUAUCUUGAUCUCCUAUGAGCAAUUUGUAUCCUUGGGGCCUCAAAAGCUUAUAGAUAGACUAUUGGCUAGAAGACUGCAUCUAUUGGCAUUCAGUUGUGCCAAGCAUUUGGACCUCCCUCUCGAGCCUGUAUACGAACACUGGGCUAAGACCAAGAUCAGUGUUUCCGCUGAUACUGAUGACAAGACUUUACUUUCGUUGAUAACUGACAAACUUUCAAAUAUCCCCGGCAUUGCUUAUGAAAGCAUAGCUAAGGCAGCAUUCGAAGAAGGCCGUUUGGAUCUGGCAGUCGAGCUGACCGAUAAAGAACCAAGACGAGAAAAGCAAGUGCCCUUGCUUUUAACAAUGCAGCAAGAUGAACUGGCAUUGGAUGAGGCCAUAAAGAGCGGUAAUUCCAGUCUCAUAUACUAUGUUGUUAUGAUGAUCCAUAGACAAUUGCCGCUUGCAAACUUUUUCCGUCUCAUCAAUGACCGCCCCGUUGCAGCUGCGUGUUUUGAACACCUUUGUAGAAUCAAUGAUAAGGAGCUCUUGAUGAACUUUUACUACCAAGAUGAUCGACGUCUAGAGAGUGUAGAGAUGAAAUAUGAACAGGCAAUACGGGUUUACAACAGCACUACAUCGACCUCAGUCGAUAUAUUUAUUAACGAGAUCCAAGAAUCUCGCAAAAGCUAUCGAGAAAUCAAGGAUCGAAAUUUUGAAGCAAAGGCUUUGGAGGAACAGACAAACCUGAUAAUGUACCAGCAACAACUAGAAAAGGACUACGAUCAGCCAUUUUUGGGAUUCUCGGUAACCGAAACUAUAUCUAGUCUAUUAAAGAUAUCCCAGGUGUCUAGAGCCGUUAGAUUCAAAGAUGAGUUUAAAGUAUCGGACAAAAAGUUUACAUGGAUCAGACUACAAGCCCUUAUAAGUCGCCACGAUUGGGACGGGCUGCAUAAAUUUGCUACUUCAAAGAAAUCUCCUAUUGGUUACGAACCAUUCUAUAACGAAUGCCUCAAAGCCGGAAGCAAGCGCAAUGCUGCUCUCUAUAUUUCAUACUGCACAAAUUUAACAUAUCAACGGCGAAUCGAAAUGUGCCUCGAAGUUGAUGAUAUUCGACGAGCUGUGAAUGAAGCGGUCAAUGCGAACGAUGCUCAAGCUCUUGAGAAUCUGAAACCAAUGGCCACCCCUGCAAUAGUUAAUGAGAUCAAUACGGCAAUCGCGAGUCUCCAUCAACGAUAG